UUGGGAUUCCACCUACCCUGAGGACCUGAUUAGAGGGGUCUUCUACCGACAUGCGGCUAAUCGGUACAAAGAUACUCUCCACAACAUGAAGCCAGAUAAAAAAGAGGGAAGUGUUAGUGCUGAUACUUGGGCGUCGUGGAAGCGAGACUGGGAUACUACGGAGGCUAAGAAGAAGUCUGAGGUAGCACGAGCUAAUCGGAUGAGUGAGCCGUCCGGAGCUGGCACCGGACCUGUUUGACAUACCGCAGGGUCGAGAUCGGCUACGAGGCAUAAGACAGUUAUGACUGAGGAGCUCGGUCGAGAGCCCACUUUAGCUGAGUUGCAUGUAAGGUUGCACCUGACCAAAGCUUAUCGGACUGUCUUCGUUGACAAGAGAUCAAAGGAUAAAAAUGACCGUUUCCAGGCAGAGCUUGCUGCAGUGACCCAGUCUCAGGCGGCUGGGGAAGGGAGUUCGUCGACUCCAGAGCCGAUCGACGAGAACGAGUUGUUUUUGUCUCUCGAGGCAAUCAAGAAGCAGCGAGUCUACGACAUUGGUUCGGCUUCAGCAUCCUACAUCGGCCAGAGCAGCCGAUUGCGCCGCGGCGGAUCAUCCCAGUCACAGCAGCAGGCGGUCGUCAGUGAGGAGAUUGAGCAGCGCAUUGCUAGAGAGGUUGAGGAGCGACUCGAGCAGCGGAUGCGUACUGUGGAGGCGGGUUUUGAAGAGCGGGUCGAGCAGCGGAUCCGUACUGUGGAGGCGGGUUUCGACGAGCGGAUCCGUACUGAGCUUGCGCGACUGAUGACUACACUCCCACCGGAGUUACGACCGCAGUUUCCCCCACCUCCACCUCCACUGGCUGACGGCACUACUAGUUUGUAG